GCCGGAGCAGCACAACUCCUGGGCUACGGAUCGUCCUUCGUCCCUCUCCUUCCCGGCCGCGCGCGCGCGAGAGAGAUGGAGGUGAAAGCGAGGAGACUGGAGGGCAAGGUGGCGAUCGUGACAGCCUCGACCCAGGGGAUCGGCUUCGCCAUCGCCGAGCGCUUCGGCCUCGAGGGCGCUUCCGUCGUCGUCUCCUCUCGAAAGCAGAAGAACGUGGAUGAGGCGGUCGAGAAACUCCGGUCGAAGGGAAUUGAGGUGACCGGGGUCGUCUGCCAUGUCUCAAAUCCCCGGCAAAGAAAGGACCUCAUCGACAAGACCGUUCAGAAAUAUGGGCAUAUAGAUAUAGUUGUUUCCAAUGCUGCUGCUAAUCCAACAGCAGAUAGCAUAUUGGAUACGAAAGAAUCAGUUCUUGAUAAACUUUGGGAGAUAAAUGUGAAGGCUGCAAUCCUUCUGUUGCAGGAUGCUGUAUCACACUUGCGUAAGGGAUCAUCAGUCAUCCUUAUAUCAUCUAUUGCAGGAUAUCAUCCACAAGCUGCACUAGCCAUGUAUGGCGUUACAAAGACAGCUCUUCUGGGACUGACUAAGGCCCUUGCAGCUGAGAUGAGUCCAGACACCCGUGUUAACUGUGUAGCUCCAGGAUUUGUGCCCACGCAUUUUGCUGAUUUCCUCACAAGAGAUGAAACCAUUAGAAAAACACUUGAGGAACAAACUUUGCUUAAGAGGCUGGGGACAACAGAAGACAUGGCUGCAGCUGCUGCCUUUCUAGCAUCUGAUGAUGCAUCAUACAUCUCUGGGGAAACCCUCGUGGUUGCUGGAGGGACGCCUUCAAGACUCUAAUCCCUCUGAAGCUCCGGCUUUGUUGUGAUCAGUUAUAUUUGCUGUUCUUCAGACUUCUUUUCUUUCCUGAAAAAAAGAUAAAUCUACGUUCCGUAUGUCCCAAAGUCUAGCUAAUAAAUGUCAUUUCACAGGGUUUAAGUAAGUCGCUGUCAUAGCCCUCUUCUAGCA